GCGGUGCCCAGUCAUGCAGAAGGAAGUCUAAAGCCCUGGGUGCUACAUGCUGUAUAUGUCUACUCCUGAGUUCCCCACAUAGACCUUUAGAAAAAAACAUGUGGUCACGAAAUCUUUUAAUUGCUUCUGUAGUUGUCUUUUUGGCAACAACAAUUUCAACUGCUCCUGUGGAAGAGAAAGAGCCGGAGGAGAUAGAGGUAGAGGACGGCGAAGAGGAACUCUCAGAAGAGGAGGAGGAUGAUGAUGACUCCAAGAGUCAGGAAAAGAAUAUGGGAAUUGGAGCACAGCAAGCUACCACAGUAUCUAAAGGCCUGGGUUUAAGCGCUCAGCCUGGCACCUCGUUCCAGGGCGAAGCUCCGAAUGGACAUAAACUCAAUGGGGAUAGUGCCAUGCAAGCUGGGCCUGACCGUAAUGGUGGUGGUGGUGGAGGAGGAGGGGGAGGCGGUGGUGGAGGAGGAGGAGGUGGAGGAGAUUCACAUACUUCACCCUCUGACCCCAGCUCCCAUGAUGCUUCUUUGCCAGGACAUGCAGGUUCCUCUUUAGAUACCAGUAUUGCAGGUCCCAGUUUGGAUCCGAGUCAAACAGGUGCAGGGGGUCAUGGCAGUUCAGUGUCACACGUGCAAGCCCCAGGAAAAGUGGUUGUCCACCCAGGAACAGGGGUUGUCCACCCAGGAACAGGGGUUGUCCACCCAGGAACAGUGGUUGUCCACCCAGGAACAGGGGUUGUCCACCCAGGAACAGGGGUUGUCCACCCAGGAACAGGGGUUGUCCACCCAGGAACAGGGGUUGUCCACUCAGAUACAAUCUCUCACGGCUCAAUGGGACAAGCAGGAGGGAGCUCCACUCUCAUCAUUAUCCAUGAGGCUCAUCCACAGCCUGCAGGUGGCAGCAUUCAUACAUUUGAUGCUGCUGGCUAUCAGACUGAGGCUCCAACAAGUGAGACUGAAAUAGAGUCACCUGAGUAUGACACACCUGAGUCACCUGAGUUUAAUGGUAAUGGUCACAAGCUGCUGAUUGGAGGAGCAGUAGAAAAUGGACAUGCAGCUACACCUGUAGUCACUGACCUCUUCAUCGAGGACACAACUCACAUGGAUCCCACAGGUGCUAUGGAUCCACUUGGUGCAAGUUCUCACCUGGACAAUACAGGUGAGUGUCCAGGUAUUAUCGACCAAUCCAGCCAUGACUUCCUCAUUGGUUUAAUGGGUGGUGUGGGGGAUCCGUAUGCUUCUGACAUCCAUAUCGACAUCUCAGAUCACACUGGAAUGACUUCUCAAUUAGACUUAAUAGCUGUGGGUUCAGGUCCAGMACCGGCAUUGUCGUCCAGUAGCAGCCCGGGUCCAGACGUUCCACCAGGUACCUACUGGCACGCCUUCCACCCUCUGCCAGGUCUUGGAGAUCACAUAGGUCUAAUAAGUGAUUUUACAGGACUUACUGACUACUCAGGGCCUGACCAUCCAUAUCUGAGCUCCAGUUUCGAUGGAUCUCACCACUCAGCAGGUGAUCAUGCUGGUCUAUCCGAUACUACAGACCACCCAGUAGCAGUGAUGUCACAUACUGAUUAUUCAUCAUCGCACAUUGACCACCCAGGGAAUGGUCGUCAAAGCCAGGUUACAGACACACAUGGAGGUGAUCAUGCGGUCAAUGAUGUGCAUCAUGAUGUAACAGAUCCAUCUGAGCAGCAUAUUGUGUCUACAGACGUAGGCCUACUAGAUGCUGGUGAGCACGGCGUCGUCUCUCACCACGACGACAUGGGAGCUGUUACAGACGGGGUCGCUGUUCAGCAUCAUGAUGACGUUCACACCGUCAGCCCUCAAACAGAUACCACAGGUGCGGCAGAAGAACUUGUAACCAGCUCACAUACACAGAUAGAUAUCACUGCCCUUGGGGUGAACGUGUACAGCGCCAGUGCACCAGGGACGCCCGAUUCUGUGCUUGGAUUUGGACAUGACACUACAGUUGUUGCAGAAACACACAGUGUCUUCAUUCAGACCGAUUCCCCAGUCACAGCUGAUGCACAAGGAUCCACUCUACAGGCUUCCAGUCAUCCUGGUGUAACAGAACAGACACAGCCUGCUGUUUCCGCAGCUGAACAGUACAACCCAUCUGGUCAGGGUCCUGAAGGUGCAGAAAAUGUGGAACUGGAGGAUACCUGCUGACUUCCAUAUGAAGCCUCGUGUCAAGUUUCUACGCUACAGAUUUCAGUGUACGGACCAGUCUGCAUGGCAGAGAAACAGUGAUCCAGCCCACUAGCAAAUCUAGUUGUUUGUGUCUAUGUUUGUUUGUUUGAACUUUGUCUAUUUAAACUUAAAGAUGACACUGUAAGUAAACUUUUUGCGCACUUGUUAAUAGACGUUUUGUUUCAUUCGUUGCAUAUAUGACAAAAAGACAAGAGGGUACUAAGGAAAACCCUCUGACUCAGAUGACUAUGGCUCAUACAAAAGCGUCAUCCCUAUGAAUAUUGUUGUACAAAAGCUCAAACAAUAUACUGAAUCUUUAUGAAGCUUUGUUAUUUUGUCAUUUCCGCAAGUACUGUAUUUCCCAGUUUAGAAAAUGUGAGAAAUAUUCAUUUUGUGUCAGAAAUUGUACAUUGCGAAAUGUAUAUCAAAGUAAUCUCUACAUUAAAAGGAACAUCUAUUUUGAACAUCAAA